UUCUAUCCUCUGGCCUAUGCUCGCUCACCAGCCUCAAAUAUCAGGUUCGGAUCUUGGAGGUUUUCGGACCCACCUUCUAUAGACCUCUGGCCCGGAUCGCGGGCGACUUCUGUCAGUUCAAUAGCCACUCUUUCGGUAGCGCAAUCCCGAUUCCUCAGCGCAUCAUUCAAAUCUAUGCUGUUUUAUGUCAAUUUCCUUCACUACGUGAAUUUGGUGUUUCUGCUGUGUAGCAUUCAUACGAGGAGGCAUUGGACGCUCCGGAUGUCCUAGACGGAAGUG